AUGUCCUCAGGAAAACGCAUCGUGUUUACUGGCGGCUCUGGCAAGGCUGGCAGACACGUUAUCCCAGAGCUCGUCAAANAAGGCCACCAGGUCCUCAAUCUCGACUUGAUCGACUUUCCAGGAACUGACCACAACAUCUUUACGCUCAAGACCGACCUCACAGACAGCGGUCAGGUCUACAACGCCCUCACCACUCACUUCAACUUUGCCGGCUACGACGAACCACAAGUGCCCCAACCUCCAGACGUAGUCAUCCACUUUGCAGCCUACGCACGCAACAUGCUGGUCCCAGACAACGAGUGCUUCAGAGGCAAUGUAACCGCAACCUACAAUGUCAUCGAAGCCGCCUGCAAACUCGGCGUCCCCAAGAUCAUUAUCGCCAGCUCCGAAACCACCUAUGGCGUCUGUUUCUCUCAAGGCGACACCGACUAUCACUCUUUCCCUCUAGAGGAAGACUACGAUGUCGACCCAAUGGAUACCUACGCCUUGUCCAAGAUCUGCGGCGAAAAGACGGCAAAGUCCUUUUCCCGCCGCUUCAACAAUCGCGACAUUUAUGUUCUUCGCAUCGGCAAUGUCAUUGAACCUCACGAGUACGAGAGAGAUUUCCCGACCAUUGUUGGUAAACCAGAGACUAGAAAGCGCAAUGCAUGGUCCUACAUCGAUGCACGCGACUUGGGUCAGAUUUGCGAUUUGUGCAUCAAGAAGGAUGGCUUGGGUUUUGAGAUCUUCAAUGCCACGAACGAUACCAUCACCACCACUACACCGACUGAGGAGUAUUUGAAAAAGGUCUGUCCCAAUACUCCUUUGACGCGCAAGAUGGGCGAAUUCGAGGCGCCGUUGAGUAAUCGUAAGAUCAGAGAAGUGUUGGGCUUCAAGGAGGAACACAACUGGCGUCAGUACUACAAGGCUGAGUAG